UGAGUAAAGAUACAUUUUAGGCCUAUAAAUAGUGAGCGACACACAUUAAACACUCAUGAGAUUGUGAUUUUAUUAUUUUCUUGUACACUUGAAAGGGUCAAAAGUGCGAGGAGUGGAGUAGGCACAUCCACCGUACAACUCUAUCACAAGAUCACUGUGCAGAAUCAUUUUUAAGAGCAAACUACUUUCAUGUAAAAGACAUUGUCUGACAAAACGGCAAGGACUCAUUACUUGGUCAAAUAACGUUUACAACCAUUUCUCUCUUUCUGUUCUUUGUCCUUUAAACACCUCGUCUAUUCAUCACAUAAAUCAUAGAAGAAAGAAGAAAACAGGGAAGGCAUUUUCUUUUUUUUACUUCUGAUUUCUAGCCACAAACAUUGCCAAAAAAUGUCAACAAAUAAUGAAAAUGAGUUAUCAAAGAUUGAGACUUUUGUUCUCAAAGUACAUAUGAACUGUCAAGGGUGUAGGACCAAAGUCAGGAAAAUACUCAGAAAAGUUGAAGGUGUUUAUGAAGUAAAGAUUAAUGCAGAAGAGCAGAAAGUAAUAGUCACAGGAAUUGUCAAUCCUUCAACUUUGCUCCAAAAGUUGGCCAAAUUGGGUAAACAUGCAGAAAUUUUGAAUGAAGAUUACAACCAAGAACACACAACAUAUCAUGAUAAAGUCAAGGACAAUAAUGAUAAUAAUCAAGAAUAUAUAAUAAAUAACCAAAGUACCUUUGAAAAUCAGUAUAUGAUUCCACCCUACUAUGGCAAAGACAAUUGGGGACCUGAAUGGUGUUAUAAUCAGCAUUUUGCAGCAGCAGCACCAUUGUUUUUUGAAAGUUAUAACAAUAGAGCCAAUGAAAAUGUCAUCAGAAUCAACGAAUAUCCCAAAUGGCAGGAGAAUAGUGGAACAGAUUACUAUAGCUUAGGGAACUAUGUAUCAAGGAUGGCCUAAUGGCCACAUAACAACCUUGGAGUGUCAUCCAUUGCUGAAUAUGGUCAUCGACCAUCUCUUAUGGCCAAUUAAUUAGCAUAUCAAAUUAAUUAGAAAGAUAACAGCUUCAUACGCAAGCAAGCAGCUAAGAGAUCUACUCAACCAUAUUAAUUUUUAUGUAUUUUUUUCUAUUUAAUGUAUUUUGUUAGGUUUAUUAACGUAAUUUAGGUUUAUUUUUA